AUGGCAGACAAUGCCCGUCUCCAAAGCGCCGCUCCUUUGGACUAUGCGACACCCUCAUUCCCUUCGCUGUAUUGGCCCUACAAAGCAAAGCCCGGAGUCGCUAACUACCUCUACGAUACAUACGACAUAUGGCGAUUCACUCUGCUAUGGACGUUGAUGAUAUAUGCCGUUUGUCACAUUGUGGUUGUGGUCUUCGCGGUCUUGAUGCAACUUGGAAAGGGGAAGAAAGCCUGGAAAUAUGUCUGGACUUUCCCAAUCAUAUAUUGUGCCAUCGCCGGAGUGGAAGCUUUGCUGGCCGGUAGUAUUGUUGGACUAAUUCUUGGCGCCGUAUACAACGCAGGAUAUUUCAGAAUGUCAACCUGGUUUCCGUUCAUCUGGGGAUUAGUGAACGUAUUGGUCUUGAUCACGUCUUCAUUCUCUAUAGAGGGAGGUCUCUGA